AUGGAUACGGCUAAGGAACAUGAGAAGUUAGAUAUUGUUGAUCUACUUCGUUUGUUACGAAGUUAUAAUAUGAAAGAAACAGAAGCACGUCUUCGACAAGAAUAUCGUUCACUGACGAGUACUGAUCACCAAACAUCUUUUACGACUAGAUUGAAUGUAAACGAUUAUUUCAUUGUCUAUUCAUAUCUGUUGGAUUUCAUUAUGAGUUCACAUUACCAGAUCGAAUUGAUCCAAUUCCUUUUCCCGCUUUUUGUACAUAUGUACGUGGAUCUCAUUGAACAUGAUUAUCUCGACGAUGCCCAAGCAUUCUAUGAUCAAUUCGUGGAUUCUACAUUAUAUUCUUUACACACGGAAUUUUUCUACUAUCUGAAAAUGAUAUCGCGAUCAUCCAAACAUCUAUCUCAAUGUCCAUUGACGGAUUCAUUUCGUACAAGUCGUUUUUUUCUGUGUUUGUCAAUGGCAACAUGCAAAGAGUUGCAAGCUUUUAUUCAUCACACCAGAACUGACUCUCAAUCGUGUUUAACAUCGGCGCAAAUUUCCCUACUCCUAUCUAUUUUUCAACGGCAUAUCAAAGUCGAUGUCAAUCAGCAGGAAUUUACACCAUCGAACAUCGUACGGUAUCAAACUGUCGAACAGCCAAUGGCACCGUUGUUUGUUCAUACAACACUUGCGAAUAAAAUACAAUUUACGCGUUUAUACACCGGAGUUUUACCUUCACAAACACUACCACUCGAUCCGAAUCGAUCAUCAGUUCAUUGCUCACAGUUGAGUGAAAGAGAACUGCUGAUGUCAUAUCCACAAAUCAACUAUAAUCGUCUGCCAACUAAUCUUGAUUUGAACAAUAUCCCUCGCCUUGGCCCACAUCAACUACCAUCAAUCUGUUUAUUCACGCUGAAAGAUGCUCAACAAACUGUUAAUUGUGCUAUGCUAUCCAACGAUUGUUCUCUAUUAGCUCUGGGUUUUCAAUCGUCGGAGAUUUUGAUUUGUUCGUUAAAUCCAAAGAAAAAACUACAUACAAUGAAACCAACAAAACAACUUCGUCAUUUACUGUCGAAUUCUACGAGAUAUUCGAAUAGUGAUCCGAUCCUAUCAAUAGAUACCUCCAAUGAACGAAUUUUGAUUGGACACACCAGUGCUAUACUUUCACUUGCAUUCGAACCUAGCAAGCAGAUCUAUUUGCUCUCUGGCUCGCAGGAUUGUACGAUUCGUCUUUGGCAUUUAUCAAUAUGGUCAUGUCUAGUUGUUUAUAAACUUCAUCAUCAGCCUAUUCUCGCCGUUACUUUUGCCUCUAUCGGUCAGAUAUUCGCAUCGUGUGGUAUGGAUGGUCUGGUAUGCCUUUGGACCAUCGAUAAGAUUAGUCCAAUUCGAAUCUAUCCUGAAUAUGGUCAUACAGGUGUCGUUCACCUAAUUGAAUUUCAUCCAAAUUCCAAUUACCUCGCAUCAGCACAUACUGAUCAUGCAAUUCAUUUAUGGAAUAUUCAAAACGAAAACGCACUGGUUCGAAUUUUUAAUGGCCAUCGUCAUCAGAUCAGCGCAUUGAAAUUUUCACCGACUGGUCAUCUUCUCGCGUCGGGCUGUUGGAAUGGCGAGAUCAUUAUCUGGGAUAUACAAAACAAUCUCCAAAUUGCCCAUUUAGACUUGCAUAAACAAGCGAUUUCGUCGAUUGAAUUUAGUCCACUCACAGGAACUUUACUGCUCAUUUCAAGUAUUGACGGAACGAUCUCCUUAUGGAAUUGUUUUAUGAUAACAAAGAUCUACGAUGAGAAACUAACCAAUUCGAUUGAUGUGAAUUUGUCAUCGAACAAAAUACUUUUCAACGUCUUUCGAUCUCAAAAAACAUCGAUAUUUCAUAUGCGUUUCUCCAAGGAAAAUAUUCUCUAUGCUAUCGGGUUAUUUGAUGAAUAA